AUGGAAAUUAUUGAGGAUUAUCGAUUUGUUGAGCAUGAAGCAAUUUCAAUCAAACAAUUGAAUGAGGGAGCAAUCUGGUGCAUGUGCUCUUCUAACAACAAAUUGAAGAGUUGGAAUGGUGUCAAAUGUAUGGAAAAAAGUAAUCAAAAUAUGCUCUCAUCAAUUUUGUCAACAAUCUGGAUUGAAUAUUUACGCUAACCAACACGAGAAGAGUUUUCGAUUUUUGGCUGAAACCGUUUUUGAUUGGGAACAAAAGAACGCAAGCUGUUGAGCGUGAGUUUUUGAAUUUUUGAAGUUCAAAGCUCCUACACGCACUUCAACAUUUGAGAAAAAUAUAAUUAUCAUUUCAGCCGUCCUUGCUUGAUUGUUUGAUGUUUUUCGACAAGUUCAACACUCGUUUUUUCCAAUUUAUCGAUCAUUUAUUGGAUUUUUGGUGUUAGCAGGAGUUUGAGAUAUUUUUUCGAUAUUAUUCCACAAAUUUUGAAAAAUGACUGGAAAUACAUUUGUUGUUGAUUGUAUUUUGAACAAGCUGGGACUCUACAAUGCUCGCAAUUUGAUUGAUAUAUAUGAGAAAAGUAAGUUGAUUAAAUUCAAGGUUUUCCUGAUUAAAAUCUUGAAAACUCUUGAUUUUAUCAGGUUUCAUUUGAAUUUCAACGGGGUUUCAAUGAAAAUUUGGAAUUUUCAGGUGACUUCUGCAAUAAACAUCGUCAGGAUUAUCGGACAAUUUUCGUUUGACUGACGCGAAAACAAUUGCCAAUUUCUUCGGAAUUUUCAAUGCUCACAACAAUUUUGUGCUGUCUACAACUUGUGAGUGAAAUAUGUGAGCGUCUCUCGGAAAUUGACACAAUUCAGAGAAUUCAUGAAUUGUUUUAGUGAAUAGUUAUUAUCUUCAAAAUUCUUUCCGAUUUUUUGAAUCUCCAAAGUACAUUGAAAAAAAAAACCCGAAGUCUCACGAUAUUCUCGAUUUUCCAAGAUUUUUGUAAAAUAACGGGGUUUUCUGAAAUAGUCAUGUAAUUUUGUUGGUUUUUUGAAUAUCAGCAAAAUAUAGGAAAAAAAAUACUUUUUCAACAUUAUUUUCAGAAAAUUAAUUAUUUUUUGCUGAAUUCUCAGAAAAAGGAGUUUUUUUCUAAAAAAAAAAAUCCCUCGAAUUUUGCAGAUUCGUCUACGAAACCAAUUCAGUCAACGGAGUUAGAGAAUUGCUCGAAAUUCUUGGCUCAAUCAUCAAUGGCUUUGCGCUCCCCUUGAAAAAUGAGCACAAAGUGUUACUGGUCAAAGUGUUUCUAACACUUCAAAAACCGAAAUUUUUAUCAUUGUAUCAUGCAUAAUUGGCCUCGAGAAGGACUCUUUGAGCAAUCGAGCAACGUUGUUCCAGUUUUGAUCUUGAAAUUAGUAAGUUUUGAUUCAAAACUUUUUGAAAACUGACAUGCAUUUCUGAAAUUUUAAUUUGAAGCUGAUAAAAUUUCUAUUUUUCUUGAUUUUCUUUGGCAAAAUCUUUAAAAAUUGUUAAUGUUAUCAGUUCCAAAUUGAAAUUUCAGCGGAGAUGCGGAAGCUAUGCCCAAUUUUUGAAUUUUUAGAGAAAAGCUUUAAAUUUUUCAACCUUUUUUUCAGAUCAAAAUCAACAAUUUGAAGUGAUUGAUCAACAAUUCGAAGUGAUCGACCAAAAAUUGAAUAAGUUGUUGGUAAGUUUUUGAAUUUUUAUUCAAAAACGAUGAAUUUUUGAUUAAUUAAUUAAUUGAACCUUUUUUUCAGAUCAAAAUCAACAAUUCGAAGUGAUUGAUCAACAAUUCGAAGUGAUCGACCAAAAAUUGAAUAAGUUGUUGGUAAGUUGUUGGUAAGUUUUUGAAUUUUUAUGAAAACUGGCAUGAAUUUCUGGAAUUUUAAUUUGAAACUGAUAAAAUUUCUAUUUUUCUUGAUUUUUUCUUGAAAAUCUUGAAAAAUGGAUGAUUUUAUCAGUUCCAAAUAGAAAUUUCAGCGGAGAUGCGGGAGCUAUGCCCAAUUUUUGAAUUUUUAUUCAAAAACUUUAAAUUUUGAUUAAUUAAUUAAUUGAACCUUUUUUCAGAUCAAAAUCAACAAUUCAAAUGAUCGAGCAACAAUUGAUCUCGUUAUUGGUAAGUUUUUGAAUUUUUAUGAAAACUUUCAUGAAUUUCUGGAAUUUUAAUUUGAAACUAAUAAAAUUUUUAUUUUUCUUGAUUUUUUAAUUGAAAAUCUUGGAAAAUGGGUGAUUUUAUCAGUUACAAAUUGAAAUUUCAGCGGAGAUGCGGAAGCUAUGCCCAAUUUUUGAAUUUUUAUUCAAAAACUUUAAAUUUUGAAUAAUAAAUUAAUUGAACCUUUUUUUCAGCACAAUUUCAACAACUCUUAUUGGUUCCAUUCAAUUCUUCAAAGAUUUUCGAAUUUUGA